AUGACACUGCUCUCAAGAAAUCCAUUUCAGAAGCAGUAUGCUGAUCGUGCUCGUCGAUUAAGCACGCUGUCGAGAAGUGACGCUAUUCAACAAGGUGGCUAUCCGAUCAAACAGUACUCAAAUCCGUUACCCGAGAACCGACGAAUCUACGAACGAGAUCACAAUCAUUCGAGAUCUUGGAAUGUCGAGACGGGUCACCCUGUUUCCCCACCGCCAACGCAGCCCAAUGACUACCAAUAUUAUCAGAUGAACGAUGUCUAUCCACCCGAACGGCAGUAUGUUCCUACAAUAAACGAGCCACAAGUGCAUUUAGGAGUUCGUCAGUUCCAUCGACAAGCGAAGUCAUUUGAUGACCGAACUGGUGGUCGAGAUAUGCGACGAAUGUCAAUGGAUCGAAGAACGGUGUCGGACACUCGACAACAGACGGCUCAGCUACUGCAGCCCGAGGUAAAGAGUUUUCAGACGUCAGUCGCAGCCGCUUGUCAAUCCCUGUGGGCAGCAAAGGGUCAUCUUGAAGAGCUACAUGCGUUAGGGAUAUCAGAUCCGUCGUCAGCUUCAACUUCGUUUGAGUCGAACACGGACAACAGUCCAGCUACUGGAAGCGGUGAAACGAAAACACGAGAAGAACCCGCUCAUAAGAAACGUCUUCAAUACAAGUGA